ACUUGAUGUCCUGACGAGGCGGUCAACUGUUUUUUUUUUUUUUUUCCUCCCCUCUUCCCUGCUCCCUCCCCCAAAAGACUCCAAGAGUAGGCGAGGUGUUGCGUUUAAGACUCCACAUUGAAAUGGUUUUAACCAAGGGAGGACAUUUGCUUCAUUCUUCUAUUGAAACACAAACAUGAAUAUCGAUCAGAAGCGGAGAUCAGUUUACUCCCAGAAUGAUGAGCAGUCCCCAAUUGAACCUGACUUACUGAGGUGCAGCAACCUGAACAUGCCCCUGCUGGCGUCAGAGUUCUUCAAAAGCGAAUUACAGCUGCACCUGGAUGGCAUAACUACCGAGACGUGGGACUUAAUCGAGUACGGCCACUUUGACUGCAAUGCGUUCAUGGUGCUGUUGAAAAUGUGGCAAAGUAUCCUGUACAAAAUCUCCCAAGAAGUGCUGGUCGUUGUGGUGCCUCAGGUGGAAGAACACGCACACAUCAUCGAGAAAGGUUGUGGCACUCUGCAACGGGCCCUCAACUUCUCGUGUGUGACGGAGGAUGACAUCCACGCGUGCAUUUGGGACUCGCUUCUUCUGGCCCUCAAAGACACAAUAAACGCCGGAAACGUAAAGACGCCGUGCGGCGACCAGCUGCUGGAGAUGGUCGCAGCUAAAGUGUCGAAGACGGUGAACAAGGCGCUGUCCGACAUCUCCUUGAAGCCCAACUCUUUCACGUACCCGGACGUGCCUCACCAAGUGUCGGAGAUCGGAGAAAUAGCGCUACAGACAAUCUCGGUGCUGAGGAACUGCUUGGAGAACAUGAGGACGGCCGCCGGCGCCGCAGGGGAGGACGUGUGCGCCGACAGCGACUCGUCGGAGGAGAAAAGCAACGGCUUGGUGGCGCCUCUGCCCACGCCUGUGCUCAACACCCGGGCGGAAAAUAAAUUCCGCGCCCGCACUCCCGCCGACGGCUGCGCGAAGACGGAAAAGGGUUGUUGUCGCCACACGUCCGUGGGAACAUGGACAAAGAAAGAAAACACCUUUUUCACCGUGUUGCUGUGGAAGCUGACGGACCAUAUCGCCCACUCCAACUCCAAGUCGGUGCUGGAGAUGGACAUCGACUGGAUGUUGGCGCAUAUCAUGAGCGCGGUGGUAGAGACGCACCCCAACCUCCUGCUGAACAUCGGUGACUUCCAUGUCCACAUCUACAAGGACCUCUGUCAGGAAUUUGGAUCUAAGGAGCGCCUGUAUUUCUCCAUGGCGCGCUCUCAGGCCGCCUUUGUGGAAGCUCUCGCUCGGGCACUCAGGCAUCAUCUCCAGGCGCCGAAAAAGACAGACUUUUUCACCAAGAUCAGGGCCUUUUUCAAGAAGAAGACUGCAAAAGUGUCCCUGGCCUAUGAGCAAGGACAGAUGUGGCUGCAGGCCUCCACGGGCACCAAGAAGCUCUGACCCGGGUCUGAAGAAGCCGUUCUGACUUCUUGCGAGGAAACCAUAACGACAGAUGUUUUUCAGUGCAGCCUGACGAGACGUCGCUUUAUUGGUUCGGCAGCUGAGAUUCCUCACAAUCAGUGUUGCCCGAGUGCAGGUUGGUGAAUGAUGCAACCUGCUUACCUCUGGCCAUGGAGCGCCCAAAGGCUCCCUGCCCCAGUACGGGGGUGUGCGGAUGCUCCCUGCCCCAGUACGGGUGUGCGGAUGCUCCCUGUCCCAGUACGGGUGUGCGGAUGCUACCUGUCCCAGUACGGGUGUGUGGAUGCUACCUGUCCCUGUAUGGGUGUGCGGAUGCUACCUGUCCCAGUACGGGUGUGUGGAUGCAGGGCAUUGCCGCGGGUUCACGGCCAAGCACAAGAGUUGCGCUGUCAGAGCUCAGUCCAGUCCACUUGUUUACUACGUUGUUAGAGUGUGGUACUCUCACUUUACAUACAGAAACACACACACACGGCGGCCGAGCCUUUUCACAAAGGCCGCGGCGAGAUCUGUCUCAUUCCACCUCGUCGUCCAGUCCCCGUGAGCGUCCUUGUAGCCGCGUGAUGACGGCACUGUGAGUCGGUGCGUUGGUGAAAACGGUGCCCACAAACCAAGGCGUUCCUCUCAGAAGGUGGCGGAUGACCGUGCAGGGGCCCGACGUCUCGAUGCGGAAUCCGGAAUGCAGGGGUUCCUCUUCCUCCUUCCCCGUGUGAGCUGCGCUCUGACUAACCGGAGAUGCAAAGAACUGUUGGGAAACGAGAAGAUAGCAAAUUAUGAUAGAGGCUGAAAUAAACUGACUGACUGAACACAAUGUUUGUUUCUCUCAUAACUAGGGAUGGCCACAGAAUUCUGUACUUUCAUAGACACCGACCGAAUUCUGUCGGUCCUAUCGGGUAUCGAUUCACGUAAAAUCAAACAGUGCCAUGUUUCGAUACCUUUAUUGCAGACUGUGUUCCAUUUGUACUGUGUAGUCCGAAUUUAAACUGGAACGCUCCUGCAGGUUGGAUUUGCAACUCGGAAAGUCGGAGCUCUCUCACCAACCCGAGUUGGCUUCUAAGAU